AUGGAAAAUCACACCUCGGUAACGGAGUUUAUUAUCGUGGGGCUUACAGAAGUUGCGGAAUAUGAAAUGUUUCUAUUUUUAAUAUUUUUAUGCAUCUAUAUCACUACCGUGUUUCUAAACGCGUCUAUAGUUUUUCUGUAUAUUUUCAGCCCAAACCUCCGAACGCCUAUGUAUUUUUUUCUAGCCAACUUCUCAUUCCUUGAAAUAUGUUACGUGUCUUCUACAACGCCAAAAAUGCUGUCCGUCUUUCUCGUGGAACCUAAAACGAUCUCUUUCUACGGAUGCGCCCUGCAGAUGUAUUGGUUCUUGCUUUUGGGUACCGCGGAGAGCUACAUGCUGGCAGCCAUGGCGUACGAUCGAUACAACGCCAUAUGCCACCCGCUCUUAUAUAGCGCCAUUAUGAAUACAAAGGUUUGCGUCCAGCUUGUAGCUGGUUCUUGGCUCAUUGGUGUUUUAAAUUCACUCGCAAACACCACCCUGACGUUCCGACUACAGUUUUGCCGCAGCAGAAUCAACCAUUUCCUAUGCGAUAUUCCGCCAUUGUUAAAACUGGCGUGUGCCGAGACCUGGGUCAAUGAGAUCGCCCUCGUCAUUGGCGGUUCCAUUGUUUUUGGUUCAUUCAUACUAACAAUGAUUUCUUACACUCAAAUCAUCUGCGCAAUUCUAAAAAUCCAAUCGAAUUCCGGGAGGAAGAAAUCUUUCUCGACCUGCACUUCCCACUUUAUGGUGGUCACCAUUUUCUACGGCUCCGGGUCGAUGAUGUAUUUCCAACCGAAGUCGAGCUACUCAAUGAGCAAAGACAGGACGGUGGCCGUCAUGUACACAAUCAUCGCGCCUCUGCUAAACCCAUUCAUAUACAGCGUAAGAAACCAAGACGUUAAAAUCGCUGUUAAAAAAUUAGCGAACUGUAAUAUUUAG